ACUGGCAUAAUUUUCUACCAGUACAAAACUAGGUCUAUAAUCUCUAACAGCAGGGAACAGUCUCUUUCAGCUUGGAGCUCUCAUUAACAAGACUAAGAAAAGAAGAAAAGUACAACCUGCACCACAAGAACACACAUCUCUAUGAUAAAAUGCCAUCCAGAAAAAAAACAUUGAUGUUUGCAUCUGCCUGUUUUACCAGUAUUUGCUCUUUUGUAAUAGUCUGCCUCGUUCUUGCAAACAAAAACUGGGUCUCAAGUAAUGUUAACUUUACCGAAGGAAAUUCAAGUGCUAUUAUAACUGUCACAUAUGGGGUUUUUGAAGGUGUGUGUUCAAAGAAGGUGAUUGAUGGACUUGAAACACCAGCCAAAAAUUUCCAAGUGACAGCAUUGGGAAAGACAGAAAUGAAAAGUUUGAACGUUGUGAUUAUCUUGCUCCUGGUUCUCAGUUUGCUUAGCUCUCUUAUGAGUUCUGGAUUUACAUGCUGCAACACCGUAACCAAUCCCUACCAGACAUUUUUGGGACCCAUUGGAGUCUAUACAUGGAAUUCCCUAAGUGGCAUCUUCGUUCUUCUAACCAUGAUAUUGUUUGCAGUGAACGUAGAGGCAAACAAACUGUCUGUAGAGUUGGCUUCAAACUGUGUGGUUUCUUCAAGUGAAUAUAAAAACUCCAGAAACAAUUAUGAAUAUUCAUAUUGGCUCAUGCUUCUUAUCUUUCUUUUGAAUAUUGCAACUAUCAUCAUCAUCGUCUGCUAUCACCGUGCAAGGUAUUCCAAGAAGAAGGAACAGGAAAGACCCAUUGAAAAUGCACCAAAAGAUGGUAUUUUAUUUUAGUGAUACUAGUUCUUUCAUUUAAAGGUGAUGUGGAAGAAAAUGGCAACUCAAUGUGGACAAUCAUGGCUGAUAAUUUAAACUCCAGAUGUAUAUUGUUGUUCACUUCAGUUGUUCAUUGUGCUGUAUGCCUAUCUUUAGUACUGACUGAAUUAAUCUUCAUCAUUUUAGAUCUAUUUUUCCAUGAAUGUUUACAAAUUAUUUAUUGAUAAGGGUAUCAGUUAAAUGAAGUUGUAUAAUGAUCCCUAUGUGCAUCAUUUGACUGUGGGCCCUUUAAGAAUGAGCUUUGUGUAGCUCACCUUCCUGAUUCCUCCCCUGGUGGAGCCCCUAUGUGAAGGUAAGUUUCUGGAAGGAACAAAUCAGCAGCUAUAGCACAGUGAAGACCAGGACCUCUCAAUGGGUGGAACACAAUCCAGAAUUGAGUUUUUAGGGGAUCCCCACUGCACUACUACUGACUGAGUGGGCAGCAGCAAAGUGUAAAGGGCAUUAGGACACAGAGAUUUGAAAAGUGAAUGCAAGGAAACAUUCCGUCUUCAUGCUGCUGCUCCUUCAGUCCUACCCCAUUCUGCAUCCAAGCAAAUCCUAUUGCAGCCCUUCUCUCCCCAUCCAUGCACCAUUCAGCAUAGCCAGUUUCCACCUCUUGCAUUCUGGCUUUUCUUGGCUGCAGAAUGGCCUCUAGGCGCUGUUUAACUUGCAGUGAGGGCUAAACCAGCCCCAGGAACAGGGUGGCUUAAAAAUACAAAGACCCUUUACUCUGCCCCUUGAAGUCUGAGCUCAAUCAGAUGCAAGGACAGGCCCACUAUUUUGAUUAUGCACAUAAUUCCUGAUUGGAAAGAGGUAGACUAAUCCAGAAAACAUAAGAAAUCUUGAAGAUUAUAGGACAAAGUCACUGGGGCCUCGUGCUUCGCCCUCUACUGCAAUCAGUUGCCAUUUCCCCCCUCCCUUUUUUUCCCCAUCUUUCACUUACUCUUUGAGCCCUAUAGUAAAUGAUCCCGUCCACACUUAGAAUUCACUGCUGCUCUUUGCCUCACCAGUCCUCCUCAGUUACUUUAUUCUGGAGUAUGUACUCACUUCUUCUAGUGACUACACUCACAAAAGGCCAAUUAGAGUAGCAAACAUUAUGAACACCAAUGCAAAGUCAGUGCUAUUGCUGGAGUCUUAUUCCUGUCUAGAGUGGCUAAAUACAGACAUUGUGGUUUACAUGGUGACCGUGUGUUAGAGGGACAUUAUGUAAUCAUAAAUAGGGAAGGAGAUAGUCUGUUCAGUUAAGAGUGAGAUGGUGGGUAUCUACAAGUCAAUUAUUAACUGCUUGUUCACAUUUGCAAAUGUUUUUUAGGACCCCUGUUUUAGACUAUAUAAAGACUUUUCUUUUAUUAACACAGCUAAUGGAAUGAUAAAGCUGCACCUUGUACAGGUGUGGUCCUCCUGUUUCCUGAAAAUAAAAUCAUACUGCCCUUUU